AUGAUAGAGAUUAUGGCGCCACUCGUGGGCAGAGCGUCCACUUGGGCCUUGGGCAGAGCCGCACACGAGCCCCUCGUGCCUGACCCCCGGCAGCCGGGCGCUGGCGACCGCCGAGGUCCAGGACAAAGAAACCGGGCGCCGUUAGGUGCGGCUGUUCCCCGGUGGUGCCCCAGAGGCGGCUGCAUCUCCGUGCCGGCUGAGCUGUUCUCCUGCUGCGUUAUACACGGCUGGUCCCCAGCACCCCAGCCCCAGAGGUGGCUGCAUCUCAGCGCCAGAGGAGCCAUUCUCCUGCAGCAUUAUACACGGCUGGCCCCAGUGGUGCCCCAGAGGUGGCUGCAUCUCAGCGCCAGACAAGCCGUUCUCGUGCAGCGUUAUACACGGCUGGUCCCCAGCACCCCAGCCCCAGAGGCGGCUGCAUCUCAGCGCCAGACAAGCCGUUCUCCUCCAGUGUUAUACACGGCUGGUCCCCAGCACCCCAGCCCCAGAGGCGGCUGCAUCUCAGCGCCAGACAAGCCGUUCUCCUCCAGCGUUAUACACGGCUGGUCCCCAGCACCCCAGCCCCAGAGGCAACUGCAUCUCAGCGCCAGACAAGCCGUUCUCCUGCAGCAUUAUACACGGCUGGUCCCCAGCACCUCAGCCCCCGAGGUGGCUGCAUCUCAGCACCAGAGGAGCUGUUCUCCUGCAGCGUUAUACACGGCUGGCCCCAGUGAUGCCCCCGAGGCGGCUGCAUCUCAGCGCCAGACAAGCCGUUCUCCUGCAGCGUUAUACACGGCUGUUCCUCAGUGGUGCCCCAGAGGCGGCUGCAUCUCCGCACUGGGCAAACCAUCCCUGUGUGACCCCUGCAGGGCUUGUGCAUUCGGACGGACUCCUGGCCCCAGGGCUCACCCCCAGACAUGCCCCCUCCAUUCCUGGCCUGAUGCGGGGUGGGGCCUGGGGGCUGGGCCUGGGGGCUGGACCCGGGAGGAAUUGAGGAUAUUUAUAGUGGGUUAACUAGGGCCAGGGAGAGCCCCCCUCUACUCCCCCCCCCAAGCGCUGGGACGAGAUAAGAACCCUUCCGCCCCAAUUGUCUUGGGUCUGCGAGGGCGGCCCCCCGGCCCCCUCCCCGCACUGGAAUGGGCGGUGGGGGAGACACUGUGGCUGGGCCCAGGGGUCUGUUCCGGGCAGGCUGGGUCCAUAGGGCUGAUGUGGGCCAGAGGGGCCCACGGGCUCUGGAUCCCCCCAGCCCCUCCCAGUUCUAUCCCCAGCUCUGGGAGGGGAGUGGGGUCUGGUGGUUAGAACGCGGGGGCUGGGAGCCAGGACUGCUGGGUUCUCUCCCAGCUCUGGGAGGGGGGGCUGGGAGCCAGGACUCCUGGGUUCUCUCCCGGCUCUGGGAGGGAAGUGGGGUCUGGUGACAAGAGCAGGGGGGCUGGGAACUGGACUCCUGGAUUCUCUCCCCAGCUCUGGGAGGGGAGUGGGGGCUGGCGGUUAGAGCAGGGGGGUCUGGGAGCCAGGACUCCUGGGUUCUCUCCUGGCUGUGGGAGGGAAGUGGGGUCUGGUGAUGAGAGCAGGGGGGCUGGGAACCGGACUCCUGGGUUCUCUCCUGGCUCUGGGAGGGGAGUCGGGGCUGGUGGUUAGAGCAGGGGGGCUGGGAACCGGACUCCUGGGUU